AUGGCGAGACUGAGCCGCCCUUUGCUGGCGCUCUUCCUGGUGGGGCUUCUGGGCUUGGGGGUCGUGGUGCACGCGGACGAUGUGGGCGCCGCUGCAAACGGCGCGGCUGACCUCGGCGACAUCAAGCUGGAGGGCGGCGACGCCCAGGCUGAGGAUCCCAGCUUCGUGGACGCCGAGAAUGGGGCCAAGAGGAACCUCUUCCAGUACGGGCCCCCGAGCUACUCGCCCCCGUCUUACUCCCCCCCCAGUUACUCUCCCCCGAGCUAUUCUCCCCCCAGUUAUUCUCCCCCGAGCUACUCCCCCCCUUCCUACUCCCCGGGGUACAGCCCCCCCUACUUCUACAGCCCCUCGGUCUGCCCGCCCGGGUCCUACCUCGUCCCGGCACCGCCAGGCUAUAGCCCACCUUCUUACCCCCCAGGCUACAGCCCCCCUUCUUACUCCCCAGGCUAUAGCCCCCCCUCUUACUCCCCGUCUUACUCUCCCCCGUCCUAUUCUCCCCCGUCUUACUCCCCCCCUUCUUACUCUCCCUCUUCUUACUCACCCCCCUCUUACUCGCCCCCCUCUUACUCGCCCCCCUCUUACUCUCCCCCUUCUUACUCCCCUUCUUACUCUCCUCCGUCCUCUGAGAUCAUCGUCUUCAUCUGCUACUUCCCCCCUCCGUCCUACUCCCCCCCCUCCUACUCGCCUCCGUCCUAUUCUCCCCCGAGCUACUCUCCCCCCAGUUACUCUCCCCCGAGCUACUCGCCCCCCAGUUACAGCCCGCCGAGUUAUUCUCCUCCGAAGACCGGGUACUGA